AUGAAUUACUUUACAAUAGCUACAGCAACCGUCAUUGCUCAACUCGGGCUUGUAGCAAGCUCCCCGUGGGCCCCGUACCCUCCUGGAAACACGGGGCAAUGCGUUGUUGAGCCGCAACCCGGCUAUCAUUUCACCGCCUUACAAAUCUGCACCACUGGCACAACUAAAUAUACGACUACGCCAGAUCAGGGUAUGCGUACUUAUUACAUGAAUGGCUCGCUAUACUCGGCCUUCCUCACGGCAGGCAGCGAUCCCACUGUAGCGGUUCCGCAGCCCUGGGAUUCUGGCUUUUGGAUCAAUACAAUGCAAUACGGAGUAUACCCCGGGUCGGAUGAAAACGCUCAACCGGCCCAGUUUUAUCCUCCUCUACCUGGUUCCGACACCAACACUCCCACACCUUUCGACAUCAACACAUGCACACAGUAUGCAUGUCAAGAUGACCAGCCCUGCGCAUUUUGGGGUAAUGCCGGUUCACCUUGGGUUCCGUUUGACGCAGCCACUGAACAACAAUACGGUGCUUUCACGUGGUGGAACGAUACUCACCAAAAUAAUUACGGGCCCGGCAGUGGCUACACCCUCCUCGACUACCUGAGCCAGGAGCAAACCUUGAACGAGCGUGGCACCACCAACACAUGGUUCGACUGCAAGCGAGCCACUCAACCUCCCUGUACUCAUGUCGCCGGCAUCGUCGUCAACUACCUCUACGACUGCGUCGCAACGGCCCCUACUACCCUGCCCGCACCCGGAGGUAAUGAAUACAAUUCCGGCCUCAACAAUCAUAGAUGGGGCAACGAUUGUGGACCUAACAACAACGGCGCUAUUGGGAUACUCCUGGAAGCCGUCAAACUGUACUACAAGGAUUCUGACAUCAGGGCCCUGACCACUCAACCUAUAUACUGCAAUGAUAAUGGCGGCCCCGACAUCUGUGUCUUCUACCGAGGCGUCGCUACCGGCAACGGAUCCACAACAUAUGAUUUGCUGAACAAAAUGCACAGUGUUCUGGGUGGCAACUCUUGUGGGAGCAUAGGUGUCGAAUAUUCAAACCAUAUUAAUAUCGAAGCGUAUGGCUUUCUGACCGUCGGCCAAAUGGGCCAGGACUGUUCCCCACAUACCAACAUUACCGUUAUCAUUCCACAUAAUAGCAAUGUGACAGCUUACGCUUGCAAUGGUUUUCCAGAUUCUUUGAAAGCCUCGCCAGCACUCAUAGAGUACAAUUACAAUGAGCAGAGGCCUCAAGCACCUCAAACGAGUUUGAACUCAGAGGACGACACACAAGCCUGGAAGACGCAACAGCAUGCUGAGAUUCCUGGCUACAUAGCCUCCCCUCGCUCAAGGCUCCCUGUAUGA